GGCACCAAAUGCAAACAAGAACAGAACAGUCUUAGGAAAAAAUUUAAAGAGAGCCGAAAAGACUUUGAUAAAAAAGCACGUCAAGCCGAACGACAGUACAAUGCUAAACAAAGAGACAAAAUAACCAGCUUAAAAACAAAUGAUCCAAAAACUUUUUGGGAUGAAAUCAAUAAACUAGGACCUACUACUACCAAACAGGAAAUAGACUGUGUAAACUUAGAAAAUGGUAGUGUUUCAUAUAACCCAGAUGACAUCUUGAAAAAAUGGAAGGAGGACUUUUCAGGGUUAUUUAAUGAUACAGUAUCAAAUCAGAAACAGAAAAUGAUAUGCAGAAUAUGCUUGAUACCUUGCACAGCUGGUCUGAAAAGUGGCAAUUGAAAAUGAACAUAGACAAAACAAAAAUAAUGCACUGUCGCAAAGCAAGUAUGAAACCAACAGACAAAACGUUCAAUAUAGGCCAUCAAACCAUUGAUUUGUGUAAGUCCUACAGGUAUCUUGGAUUUGAAAUAUGUGAAACAGUUGAAUUUACUAAAGGAGUUAAGCUACUACAUGAAGCUGGCGGUAGAGCUCUUGGUGCUAUGAUUUCAAAACAUUUCCGUAUAAAAGGACUAAGUUUUCCAGUUUAUGAAAAACUAUAUUAUAAUACAGUUAUCCCGGUGGCAGAUUAUGCCUCAGAAAUAUGGGGGUUCAAAAAAUAUGACUUUGCUGAUAAACUGCAAUCUAGAGCUGCAAGGACAUUUCUAGGCGUUGGUAAAAGAGCACCCAUUCCAUAUUUAACAGGAGAAACAUGCUGGAUGGAAGUUCAACUCAGACACCAUUUGAACAUGAUCAGACUAUGGGCAAGAAUAAUUAACAUGUCAAGCAAUAGACUACCAAAGAUUGCCUAUCUAAGUGAAAAAGAAAAGAACAGGAGAAAUAGUUGGGCUUUAGAAAUUAAAACAAUAUUGGGUAAAUGUGAUCUUCUAAACCACUACAACAUGAGUAGCUUACUCGGUAUGAGUAACAAAAACUUUCUUGGUCUAGUUAAACAUAGAUUAACAACUAUAGCAGCAGAAAACUGGAAAGCGGAAUGUGCAGGAAUGCCUAAAUUAAGAACAUAUGUAAAAAUAAAAUCUGAUUAUUGCCAAGAACCAACACUUCUGAAAACAUUAUCAACAAAAAAACGUGCUGUGCUUUCAAAACUGAGAAGUGGAACUUUUCCUAUAGAAAUUGAGAAAGGGAGAUAUAGGCAACUACCAGUAGAAAGAAGGAUUUGCAAACUUUGUACCAAACAAGCAAUAGAAGAUGAGAUUCAUUUUGUAAUUAAAUGUCCAGCGUACGACCAAGAAAGACAAACUAUGUUUAACAUUGCCAAUCAGAAACUUACCAUUGACUUACAAGAACUAAGUGACGAAGAACAAUUUAAAACCCUCUUGACAUCGCCAGAAUCAAUAUGUGCAGUUGCAAACUACCUUACAGUUUCCUUGGAUGUUAGAUCAGCAAAAUAUUAACAAUAUUAACUUACCUACUGUUACAGUUAUUUUUUUUACUAUCAAUAGACUGUUGGUAUGAACCUUUAUUUCAAUUAUAAAUAUAUGUACUUCACACAUUAUAUCUCUAUUUUUUAUAAAAUAUUCUUUAUCACUAUACUAUAUUUACUUUAUUUUUUGAAGAAUAAAACCCUUUGCAACUUUACAUGAUCAUGAUGAUAUAUAUUUAUUCGAAAAGAAACAAUAAUUUUUA